CCAAAGAUCCCGGAUCCAAAUCCCACGAUGUAAAAAAAAACCACUUGAUCAUCCAUCAUAUCUCUUGCCUCCUCUCCUACCUUUUCUCGCCCACCUUCACAUUCCUGUCACCUAUCCCUUCUCUCAUCCCUGUUACCUCGGUGGCCUCAUCCUAUCCUCAUUGGCAACCGCAUGAAAAAUCUUGUGCCUUCCUGUUCUUUUAGUUUUUCUCAUAGGAAACUACAACAAUACCAAUGCCAAUACCAAUCAUUUAGGAGUCAUAUCUAUGUAUAACUAUCUCUAGAUUUUACAUAGAUUUCCUUGUACCUUGUUAUUCGAUCAUUGAUACUUGUAGAAUGGAAGGAGGAGGGUUCAGGAUCCUCGAAGAGGAGUCAACGGUGCCGCAACAACGAUACAAUACAGUGGAGUCGCAUGGUCGCGCUGUCAUCCAAAUGGCGCCCAUGGAGUUUGGAUCUUCCGUCGAAUCCUCUACAGGCCCCAGGUAUAUCAAGUCCAAGUUGGGAACUAAACUACACACUGAUGCAAGAAUGUCUAUGGCUUCUUCAAUUGGGCAUAGCUCUAAUAGAUCUCAAAGCGAUUCAAAGCUUGAGCUAUUUGGUUUUGACUCUCUGGUUACAAUAUUAGGGCUUAAGAGCAUGGUAGGUGAACAAGGUCAAACAUCUGCUAGUCCUAUGGAUGGAGAAAAUGCAGGGAUUGCCAUUGGACACCACAAGGAAACUGAACCUAAACUUGGUACCAUGAUGGGUGUUUUUGUGCCAUGCUUGCAGAACAUCUUGGGAAUAAUCUAUUACAUUCGGUUUACCUGGAUUGUUGGUAUGGGAGGCAUAUGGCAGUCACUUGUUUUAGUCAUAUUUUGUGGUUCAUGUACAUUUUUAACAACGAUAUCAUUAAGUGCAAUCGCGACAAAUGGCGCGAUGAAGGGUGGUGGUCCUUACUAUCUCAUUGGUAGGGCACUUGGUCCAGAAGUUGGAGUUAGUAUUGGAUUGUGUUUCUUCCUUGGAAAUGCUGUUGCUGGAGCCAUGUACGUGUUGGGAGCUGUAGAAACUUUUUUGGAUGCCGUUCCUUCUGCGGGGUUUUUUCAAGCAGAAAGUGUAACAGUGGUGAGCAAUGUGUUAGUAAAUGGUACCACAAACAGAAGUGCAACCACUAUCUCAACACCCAGCUUGCAUGACCUCCAGCUCUAUGGCAUCAUCAUCACCAUACUGCUUUGUUUUGUUGUCUUUGGUGGUGUAAAGAUUAUCAAUAAAGUUGCACCUGCUUUUUUAGUACCAGUCCUUCUCUCAAUCAUGUGCAUUUUCAUUGGUAUCUUCAUUGCACCAAGGCCACAUGCUUCAAAGUGGAUAACUGGUUUGAGUAUAACCACAAUGAAAGACAACUGGAGUUCAAACUACCAAUGCACAAACAACGCUGGAGUUCCUGAUCCAAAUGGGCAUAUAUAUUGGGAUUUUAAUGCUUUAUUGGGUCUCUAUUUCCCAGCAGUUACAGGAAUCAUGGCUGGUUCAAACCGAUCUGCCUCAUUAAAAGACACACAAUAUUCAAUACCAGUUGGAACGUUACAUGCUACCAUUUCAACUACGGUGAUGUAUGUAUUGUCUGUGUUUUUGUUCGGAGCCUUGUCUACAAGAGAGGGGCUUCUAACUGAUAGGCUUCUUUGUGCUACAGUUGCUUGGCCCUCUCCAAUAGUAAUUUAUGCCGGUAUUAUUUUGUCUACUUUAGGUGCGGCCCUACAAAGUCUAACAGGGGCUCCAAGAUUACUUGCAGCAAUAGCAAAUGAUGACAUCCUACCUGUGCUUAAUUAUUUUAAGGCUUCUGAAGGGUCUGAGCCUCAUGUGGCAACUCUAUUUACAAGUUUCAUAUGUGUGGCAUGUGUCAUCAUUGGAAAUUUAGAUCUAAUUACACCCACUAUCACCAUGUUUUUUCUUCUAUGUUAUGCUGGUGUGAACUUGUCAUGCUUUCUGCUUGACCUCCUUGAUGCUCCUAGCUGGCGUCCUAGAUGGAAGUUGCACCACUGGAGCCUUUCUCUCAUUGGAGCAUUAAUUUGUAUUGUCAUCAUGUUUAUGAUAUCUUGGACUUUUACUUUGGUCUCUCUUGCCCUUGCAAGCCUCAUAUACUACUAUGUUAGCUUAAAAGGAAAGGCUGGGGACUGGGGAGAUGGAUUUAAGAGUGCAUACUUUCAACUAGCAUUGAGAAGUAUUCGAUCAAUGGGAGCAAAUCAAGUUCAUCCGAAGAAUUGGUACCCUAUUCCUCUCAUAUUUUGUCGCCCUUGGGGUAAACUUCCAGAUACUAUCUCAUGCCAUCCAAAACUCGCGGAUUUUGCCAAUUGCAUGAAGAAAAAGGGUCGUGGUAUGUCAAUAUUUGUCUCCAUUAUUGAAGGUGACUAUCAUGAAUCUGCAGAGGAUGCAAAGACAGCAUGUCGUCAAUUGAGUGCUUAUAUUGACUAUAAGCGUUGCGAGGGCGUUGCAGAGAUUAUUGUAGCACCCUCAACAUCUAAUGGUUUUCGUAGCAUUGUUCAGACCAUGGGCUUAGGGAAUUUGAAACCAAACAUUGUUGUGAUGCGAUACCCAGAAAUCUGGCGUCGUGAGAAUCUAACACAGAUUCCAUCAACAUUUGUGAGCAUCAUAAAUGAUUGUAUUAUUGCUAACAAGGCUGUUGUCAUUGUGAAAGGACUAGAUGAAUGGCCUAAUGAGUAUCAGAGACAAUAUGGGUCAAUUGACCUGUAUUGGAUUGUGAGGGAUGGGGGAUUGAUGCUUCUACUGUCUCAACUCCUACUCACCAAAGAAAGCUUUGAGAGUUGUAAGAUUCAAGUGUUCUGCAUAGCCGAAGAAGAUACUGAGGCUGAUGAGUUAAAAGUUGACGUGAAAAAAUUCUUGUAUGAUCUAAGGAUGCAGGCUGAUGUUAUUGUUGUGACUAUGAAGUCAUGGGAAGCACAUACAAGCCACAAUAAUGUAUCAAAGAAGGAUGACCAUGAAGUGUAUAAAAUUGCGCAAAGUAGAACUAGAACAUACAUCUCCAAGUUGAAAGAAGCUGCCAAACGUGAAGGCCAACCCCUAAUGGAGGGUGGAAAGCAAGUUGUGGUUGAUGAACAAAAGGUUGAUAAGUUUCUCUACACGAUGUUAAAACUGAAUGCUACUAUCCUUAGGUACUCCAGGAUGGCAAUUGUGGUGCUUGUGAGCCUCCCACCGCCACCAUUGAACCACCUAGCCUAUUGCUACAUGGAAUACAUGGAUAUGCUUGUAGAGAACAUUCCACGGAUCCUAAUAGUCAGGGGAUACAGAAAAGAUGUUGUCACACUUUUCACAUGAUUUGGUAGACAUUGGAGGUUCUAGCUAGCACCUUCUUGUGGCUAUAACAUUCAAGUGUCAUUGCUAAGAAGAUUAUCUUGGUUCUAAUACAUAUUUCAAAAGUUUGGGAUCAUGGUUCAACUUGAAGGUUAAGAUUGACUAAUUGAUACAUGGCACAUAACAAUAGAUUCAUUCUUUUGGAAUAGAAGCUUAAAGGCAGUGUUAACAUGCCUAUAUAAAUUUUGCACUUACUUUUUUUUUUUGACACAGUUAUAUUACAAAGUUGAUAGCAAUCUAUUUUCUUAUUUCUGUUUGUUUUGCCUUCUAUAAGAUCUACCCUAUAGUAUACCAAGUGAUUUUCAUCAU